GAUGCGGUAUUUUAGCACAUGACCGCUUCCCGCGUGAGGGGGAUAAGUAGAGUGAGCAUCACAGUUCCGGUUAUAAAUUCUUAAAACACCAUUCUAUUUUCCUAUGAUUUAAACCUUGAUACAACCUUACUAUAUACUAUAAUUACCUACCUAAUAUAAAAAGUUUUAUUGGUAAAUUAUUCGAUAAUCAUAAAUUUACUUUCGGUGUACUGUGGAGAUUACGCGACUUUUUAAGAUUAAAGUAUUAUUGAUAAAAACUGACAGAAGCUAUAAAAGCAAAGGAUAUCCUAUGUAAGACUACUCUGGUCACUGUCGUUACACUGGUUGGAAGAUGCGCCUACUCGUAUUUUUAGUGCUUGUUGGUGCGGCCUGCGCAGCAAAGCCCCAAGAAAAUGGCCGCAUCAUAGGUGGAACCCUCGCAAGCAUCUACACUUACCCCUUCAUGGCCAAUCCGAAUUGGCAGUGGGGUGGGAAUUUCCACCCUGGAGGCGGCGGCACUCUCAUCACGCCCACAGCUGUGGUGUCUGUACCUUCUUUUAUAGGCGUGAACGCACGUGCUGAGGAUCAAGGGAUACGCUUAGGAACAGCCGAAUUAGCCGGCGGUAUCUUGAUCCCUGUUUCUCAGAUCAUCAUACACAGUGGUUUUGACAUGAGAAGGCGCGAACAUGAUAUUUUAAUCAUGAGGCUCAGAAACGCCGCACCACUCUCCAACAGAAUCAGACCUGCUCGGAUCGCAGGGGCAAAUUAUGCGCUCCCGGAUAACCAGCGGGUCUACAUUGCAGGAUGGGGUAUUUAUGCACCCGGAGUCGGAAUCCCACGAUCACACCAGUUAAGACAUGUGGAUGUCCGCGUUGUAAAUCAUGCGCUCUGCAAACAGCGCUAUGCGGAACUCAGGGCACAACCCGGUUUCGAUUAUGUACUCCCCGUGUAUCCUGGAAACUUGUGCACCGGUCUGCUCGACAUCGGUGGCCAGGACUUUUGCACCUGGGACUAUGGCGGCCCCGUCGUGCACCAAGGCGAUAUUCUCGUCGGAGCUAUAUCAUGGAACUUUGUAUGUGGCCAUCCCUUCUUUCCAGGAGUUAGCACCGACAUAAGAGCUUACGCUAAUUGGAUAGUCCAAAAUAGUUAACUAAGACAUAUCUAGUAAUAAAUGAAAUUACAGGAUAAAAGAAA